UGGCAUUGCACACACAGGUGCAGCAGUGGCCGAAAGCUGUUGCUGCUGCUGCUGCUGCUGCUCCAUUGACUAUAUAGUUUACACAGUACCGUCUUCCUAUUUUUCUUCUCUAUCUGAGAUUCCGACAGAAAGAGGAGGGCUAACAUGAAAAAUAUCUCCAAAAGAAUCCUGUUGGAAUUUUACAAUGUGUGAAGCUGCAUGAUUCCCAGUCUUUGCAGAAUCUUAAGAUGUGUGCACCUCUAGGAGUAAAACCCUUGACUUGGACAGAUUAUUGUUAAAUGUGAGUGAGUGUAUCAGACUUUAGUCGUCUUAAAGUCAUCUAGUGUAUGGGAGGCAUAAUCUACAAGUCUUUGGACUGCGGGUGAAAGCUGGAACACCCAGAGGAAGCCCACAUGGACCUGAGGAGAACAUGCAGGCUCCAAACGGAAAGGCUCCGGCUGGGAUUCGGACCUGGGACCUUUGUGACGCCCCACUGCCCUGCCACGUCUGACGUUCCAUUUGGUCUGGAGUCAAUGACGCUGUCCUCCUCCCAAAAUUAGACACCGCACAGGAUGAAGCCUGAACACAUGCUGGAGUACAGGUCCGAAAAUAAAACUUAACACUUUCACUUUUUGGCUAGCUCCAGAUUUCUGAAUCCUGAAAAUUCUGAAAUUUGUUGUUCGUUUGAAACAAAGAUCUAAGAUUCACAGGAAAGUGUGCUUCCGUUGCGAUGUACAACGCACACGCUCACAAGGGAAGCUUCGAGAACAGAGGAAGCUUCGAGAAAUGUGCAUGUCAACGCAUGCGCUAACCCACAACAAGUAGCACACAAGUGAAGCACGGCCAUUUUGUACCCGAACGCGUGCCACACAUUAGCAAUGGUGAACAGAAACAUGCUCGUUUGGGGAUUUCUCCUGGUGAUUCAUUUUCUAUGCAUCGGUGCAGAAGCUGUGUACUGUAUAAAGGAAUUGCCCUGCAAUGUCACUGAGUGCUUUAAAAUGAGGAAAUCAGAAAACGCUGUUUGCAGCUCCAUCCAGAAAACAGAACACUGUAGUAUCAGUGGAACCCGCAUCAAACUGGAAUGUGAGGCACAAUUAACAUGCUUCUGCAAUGAAGAAGGUCCGUUUGAACUGGGUGAGUUUCCUGAAAUCCCUGUAAAAGAUCAAAGUAGCAUGUCAAUGGAAAAUGAGGUCCAUCCUGAGGAAACCAAGCGCUAUGAAGGUGACCUAUCCACACCUGAAGUGCCAGAGAGGAACAACACCAACAGGACCGAGUCAUCUGGUUCCUGCAUGACCCCACUGCAGAUUGCUGCUGCUGUUGUUGUUCCUGCUGUUGUUGGUGGUGCCGGUGCCAUUGCAUACUGCGUCUGGAAGGCCUGUCGAAAGCAGGGGCAAGCAAUUCCAUUUCUGCAGGCACAGGGAGCCACAGCUGGGAUGGACAGACCCACAGAGACAGCCCCUGGCACAGGACCAAAACAUAAUGGAGCUGGGAGACAUGAAUGGAGAUGGGGAGAGGGAAGUGGUGUAGGAUGA